UAAGACGCACCCUACAAGUGGCACACCUCGAGCUCAAUGAAGGCAUCCUCGUGUGGUCUCGCACAAGGCUGCCCUCAACAAACAAACAAGUGUUGCCACAACGCGAGCUUUCUUCACCUGAGCGCUGAGUAGCACGCAUUCAAUUUACUUCAGUGGGCCUAAACAAUUGCCACUAACUCUGACCACUAAUUUGUUGAAUGUUUGUAAGAGGGGAUAAAAGCAACUUAGUGGGGCGCCACCUGUGCGGGAGGGGGUGGUGGCUGUGGCACCUCCACGCGAGUGCCGAGGCAGGAACACGGAGAGAGGGCCAGUCGGUACUAGGCCGCGACACGGUUGGUGUAGAUCCAAAGUGCGCUGAAUCAAUACGCUGUUAAUUUCUCAUUAUCAUAGAACAUAAGACUGGAAUAUGUAAGCAUCAAAGUUACACCGCCAUCGCUGCUUGCAAACUGAUAAAAGAGAAGGUGGAUCUCUACAGUCACAUUGGAAAACCACUCUCAAUAUAUGACUUGUGAAAAGUUAUAGCUGCUUUACGAAUAAUUCUUCGUUAGAAACUUUGUGCUGCACCACAAAUAAAGUAUAAAAGGAAAUCACAUAACCAGAUAUGAACUUCGUCAAGAAUCAAAGCCGUCUCCUCGUGGUAAUAUUAUUGCUAAUAUUGGCCACUGUUACAGGGGACCUGGCACCAACAUUUGGGAUAUGCUGUGCUUACGGAGCCAACUGGGCCCGAGAAUCCCAGCAGUGCUCUGCCUUUCCCACUCCCAUCAAUGAACUUCCCACUGAGCACCAGUCCAUUUGUGUCACUGCUGCUGGAAUCUGCUGCCUGAGAUACUUUAGGAAUGAACAGUGUCAGAAGGGAAGCCAGGCAGCACAGCUGGGGCAUGACUGUCUACCCUCAAGUAGUCAGGGUGGGGAGUACUUCAAGGACUGCUGCCAGGCAUGCAAGCUGGGCAUUUUCAGUGGUGGCAUGGGCAUGGGUUGUGGCACACGUUUCAAGUUUGGUUUUCCUUGGGACAAUGCCUAUCAUGAUUGCUGCAAUCAGGCAACAUCAAGCAACUUAUCCCCAAACCUCCCUGGUAAUCAAGUAAUAGACAAUGAGAAUCUAUACCCAGGAGUGCCAAGCUCACCUAGUGGUAUCCCAGAUCCAGAAAAUCUGUGUGAACAGUUAUCUGGCAAGCUGUGUUCAGAUUUCUGUGUACCAACACCUGGCUCAUACCGCUGUAUGUGUCGUCCUGGGUUUACUCUCUCCAGAGAUGGCAAGACCUGCAUUCAAGAUGCUGUAAACAACAGGUGUGAAGAGAAUAAUCCCUGUGACCAUAUCUGCAUGGACACAGGUGUUUCUAUAGUGUGCUCCUGCAACCCUGGCUUCAUCCUUGAGGCUGACCAGAAGUCCUGUGAAGAUAUAAACGAGUGCAGCAGUGGUGUGCAUGGCUGUGUGGCAGUGGAACAGGUGUGCUAUAACCUGGUGGGCUCUUAUGUCUGCAUCAACGCGGAUGGCUCUUUCUCUGCCCCUGGCCCUACACCCAUCCAGCCUGGCUCUCCUAGUGGUCUGCCAGCAGAUUCCAGGAUCACUGCCUUUGAUAAAAAUGAAGUAGUACAAGGUCGGAAUCCUUUAAUUCGUGGUGGCCAUGGAACACUUGGGGUGCAAGGGUUUCCUGGGGCCAGUCCAGAACCUGGACUCUCAGGUUUCUCCCAAUCUCAUGGCCGCUGUCCACCUGGCUACAGUUUCAAUCUUGACUCGCAAGCAUGUGAUGAUGUUGAUGAGUGUCAGGUGACUUCUGGCCUGUGUGUUCGAGGAACAAUCUGUCAGAACACCAUUGGCUCCUACACCUGCACACAUAUGCCUGUUGUUGACUGUCCAUCUGGGUUUGCUUUUGAUUUGAAUCUGCAGUCUUGUUUGGAUGUUGAUGAGUGUGAAGAUGGUUCUCAUAAUUGCAACUGGACUACCCACCUCUGUGUGAACAAUCAAGGGGGGUACAUGUGCCAGGAGAAGAGUGGGUCUUCAGAAUGUGUUGCUGGGUAUAAAUUCAGCACUCAACAGCAAAAGUGCAUAGAUGUUGAUGAGUGUGCUGAAGAGCUCCAUGGGUGCCAUCCAGAAGAGGAGACUUGCAGGAACACUGAUGGUGCCUAUGAGUGUGACAUAGCAUGUCAAGAAGGCUUCCAGUUCAGUCUUGUUCUUAGAACAUGUGUAGACCAGGAUGAGUGUGUGGAUGCUCCAUGUGAGCCUGGCUGGGAGUGUCGCAACACGGUGGGGUCCUACCUGUGUCAUGAGCUGCCUCGCGCCUUCUGUCCUGCAGGAUAUAAGCCAUCCAAUGGCUCUGCCUCAGGCUGUGAAGAUGUGGACGAAUGUGUGGAAGGUCUUCAUUCCUGCCAUGCUGUGAGGGAACUCUGCAUAAAUGAAAUUGGCAAGUAUCGUUGUGAAGCCAUCAUCCAUAAUGAAGUGAAUAGGGAAGGAAGCCAAUUCAGAAAUGUGCCACAUGCUGCCUUCCAGCCUCAUGUAGAAGAGUGUCCUGAAGGAUAUGGCUUUGACUUGACCUCAAGACAAUGCCUUGACAUUGAUGAAUGUAAUGUUGGCUUUGAUGACUGUUCUCAAGCAGAGAAAUGCAUCAACACCCUGGGAAGCUAUGUAUGUCAACCUCAUGUUCGCUGCACUGCCGGCUUUGCUCCAGAUUCCCUCACUGGGGAAUGUAAAGAUGUUGAUGAAUGUGCAGCAGGUAUUGGAAAUUGUCUCCCAGGACAAAUUUGUUUCAACACUAUUGGAGCUUUUGAAUGUCGUGUGGAAUGUCAAGAUGGCUUUAUAUAUGAUCCUACAGAUGCUGCUGUUUGUGUGGAUGUUAAUGAAUGCUUGCUGUCUCCAUGUGGUUUUGGGGAAGACUGCCACAAUACUGAGGGUUCUUACAUCUGCAUUGCUUCAAAUAGUGCAACUUCUUCUAUCUUCACCACAAGCUCCACCAGCACAACCACAACUACCAGGCCUCCAGCUACAUGUCUCCCUGGUUUUAAAAGGAAUCCAAAAACCUUACAGUGUGAGGAUGUUGAUGAAUGUGAAGAAGGACUUCAUAACUGUCAGGUGGGCCAUGAGCAAUGUGUCAAUACCUAUGGAGGCCAUGACUGCCGGUCACGACCCUGCUCUCCGGGAUUUGUUCGGGACCCACAUGACCCCAGCCUCUGUAAAGAUGUGAAUGAAUGUGAAUCAUCACCCUGUGAAGCAGAGGAAAAGUGCGUCAACACCAAUGGGUCAUACAGCUGCCGCCGCCGCCUCACCCCCUGCACCCCAGGAUUCAGGAGGAACGAAAGAAAUGAGGAAUGUGAAGAUAUUGAUGAGUGUGUUGAGGAAGCUCCAUGUAGUUCAGAAGAACGGUGUAUCAACACUCAUGGCAGCUACAAGUGCAGGAGUGUGCAGUGUCCACCUGGCUACCAGCGAAACAUUUGGGGGCAGUGUAGAGAUGUGAAUGAAUGUGAAACAGGAGAACAUACUUGCAACAUUCCAAAAGAGCAAUGUGUCAAUUCUAUUGGCUCAUUCAGAUGUAAACCCCUUCCAGACUGCCCUCAGGGCUUUACCAGACAUCCCACUUCCCUCAGAUGUGUUGAUGUUGAUGAAUGUGUGGAAGGAACCCAUGACUGUAUGGAUGGCGAGCAGUGCUUCAAUCAGUAUGGUCAGUAUGACUGCCGAGCCUCACCCAACUCCUGCUCCAGAGGGUUCAGGUAUAAUUCACGGGACAGACGAUGCAAAGAUAUUGAUGAAUGUACAGAGAACUCUGAUUCCUGUGACAGGGAAACUCAGACUUGCAUCAACUCACAGGGAAGCUUUAGGUGCAUUGACCGAAAGCCCAUUUGUGACUUUGGCUACAGAUACAAUGAGGAGCUCCAGUCCUGUGUUGACAUAGAUGAGUGUACAGAAGACACCCAUGACUGCUCCUCUGUGGAGACCUGUGUAAACCACCUUGGUCACUACACAUGUCAGCAUCGCAGUGUUGAUGGUGAUUCUCUGAACUCCACAGCAUACAACAAAGAAAACAAUGAGGAUGUUAGUGAUUAUGAAGUAGUGCUGGCUAAGAGGCCAGGUGAUGGAGGGAACAAGCGAAGCAGGUGUUCAGCAGGUUAUCGUUACAACAGACGGAGACGUACCUGUGUGGACAUUGAUGAAUGUGAGGAAAAUCGGGACUUCUGCAAUAAACUCACAGAGAGAUGUGUGAAUAAUGAGGGUAACUACUGGUGUAGCCUUAUUUUGGACCUCCCUGUACCCUCCAGUAAGCAUAUUACCACCUCUUCCACCACCACUACUCUCAAGCCCCCUCCUUUACCUUCCCUUCCUCCAAAGCCUGAUCACCUUACUCCUCAGUGCCCAUUGGGAACAGAAUACAACCACCUAACAAAAGCAUGUGUAGACAUUGAUGAAUGUGCCACAAAUCCCUGUAAAGCUUUUGAAGUGUGUGAAAACAGCCAGGGUUCAUACCAGUGUCAAUGUCUAGCUGGCUACUCCAGAGAGGAGCCAGAUGGGGACUGCGAAGAUAUGAAUGAAUGUCAACUGGACUUACACACUUGCACUUCCACUCAGCGUUGUGACAACACUGUUGGUUCAUAUGCUUGUAUUCGUAUUGCUGGCUGUGGUACUGGCUACACCCUAAACCAUAAUACUGGUGAAUGUGAUGAUAAUGAUGAAUGCAAGCUGAACACUCAUAAUUGUUACCAACUGGGCCCAAAAUAUCAGUGUGUCAACAUCAGAGGCUCUUUCCGCUGCAAGCACAAGACCUGUUCUCCAUUCCAUAUUCUGAAUGAUGAAGGAAAUUGUGUUGUUCGCUCCUGUGAUGUAGGAUAUAGGCCUGGAGAAUUUAACUGUGUUGAUAUAGAUGAAUGUAUAGAAGAUAACCCAUGCCGGCAAAAUGAGCGCUGUACCAACACCUUGGGAUCCUAUAAAUGCCAGCCACGUCUUAACUGCUAUGCUGGAUUUGAGAUGAAUGAAGCAGGCACUCAAUGUGUAGACAUAGAUGAGUGUGCCAAGGGAACCCAUCAGUGUGUGGGCAAUCAGUUGUGCUCCAACAGGCAGGGCAGUUAUAUCUGUUACUGUCCACAAGGGUUUAGGCGAAAUACACAGCAGCAGUGUGAGGAUAUCAAUGAGUGUGAAUCUUACCGUGGAAGAGUUUGUGCCAAUAAUGCUGAUUGUGAAAACACCGAGGGAUCCUUCAUCUGCAAAUGUAAGGCAGGUUUCAAACAAGCCGCCAAUGGAUUAUCCUGUAUUGAUGUGGAUGAAUGUGAGGAGACACCAGAGAUAUGCCAACACAAUUGUAUUAAUGUAUGGGGUACUUACUACUGCACCUGCAAUGCUGGCCACAUUCUUAACUCUGAUAACAGGACCUGCAGUGAUGUUGAUGAGUGUGAAAAUGCCCGGAAUCGUGGCCACUUGUGUAUUGGCUUGUGUGUUAAUGUUCCCGGCUCUUUUAAGUGCACCUGUCCGGAUGGCUACACCUUAGCUGCUGAUGGUCGCACUUGUAAAGACAUCAAUGAGUGUGAAACAAGCAAUGUGUGUCGUGGUAUAGGUGAGCAGUGUGUCAAUACUCAAGGAGGAUACAAGUGUAACACCAUCACCUGUCCUGACAACUAUGUUCGAGACUCGCGUCACAAAAACCGCUGCGAGAGACUGGCAUCACACUGCCAACUGGGUGAUGACGCCUGCAGGCUCAAGCCACUAAGUUACUCCUACAACUACUUACCUUUGGUCAGCAACUUGACCCUGCCCUCAGUAGGUGAAGUUAAUAUCUUUACCAUGAGGGGCCCCCUCUGGUCCACCACCACUGUUCAGUUUGAGCUGGAGCUUGAAUAUGUAGAGACCUCACCAGAAGUUCAGCCAGUUACAAGGGACUAUUUUAGGCUCAAACGUACAGCCUAUAACCAGGCUGUCAUAUCCUUGGUAAAAUCUAUAAUUGGGCCACAGGAAAUUCAAUUGUCUUUAAAUAUGAAACUUUAUCAACAAGGUCGAUACAGUGGGUCAGCUGUAGCCAAGCUCUUGCUUUAUGUAUCAGAAUACACUUUCUGAGGUGGAGAUUCCUUUGCUGUGUUGAUAUAGGAUUAGAUCCCAGUCCUAGCACAGUUAGGAUUGGGAUUGUAAGUCAAUUGAAAAUUGUGUAGGAAAUUAAUUUUAGACAAAUUUUAAAAACUUUUGAUUUUUAUAGAGAGAGGUGUUUUGCUCUUUUUUAUAAUAUUGUAUAAUUCAAUAAUCAAUAAUUCUAAGUGUUAGUGACAUUAAUUUAAUAUACUCAUGUACAGGCAAGUGCAUGAAUUUUAUGUUUUCCAAAUUUAGCAAUGUACAAUGUGUUGUAGUGUCCUAACAAGAGUUAGUAGUAUUGCGUCCUUACAGUCUUUGUUACUGCCUUGAUAUACUGGGUAAUUUUAGAGACUGGAAAGUAUCAUGAGGAUCUCUGUAAUUGUGAAAGUUACUCAGCUUUUACAUGUACUGUUAGUUACUAAAAUAUGCGUGCAUUUCACAGGGCUGUACAUAAUCAUGUGUAACUUCAUUUCAGUAGCUUUUAUCUUAAUUUUGAAUUGACUUUAUCAACUUUAUCAAUCAACAAUUUAUUAUUCAUUUGUUUUGUUCCAUUAUUUUUUUCUUCCUGUUUUACUUUGAAUUAUUUGAAAAUGUUAACAUUAGAGAAUAAAAUAUAUUUCCUCAAGAUUACCAAUUUAGUUUUUGGCAUAACACUACAGAAAAACUGGGAUUUUUUUUUUUCCAAGUUUUAAUUUUAACUACUUCAGGCCCAUUGAACUUGUUUAUCAACUGUAUCUAUUGCAGUAUAGUUGUACUGAUUUACUUUCAAAUAAUUUAACAUGCUUAAAGAUUAAAAAUCACCAGGCAUGGAAUAU